CUUAUCUGCAACAAUAUUCAGUUAAAGUUAAAAAUUAUGUCGAACAAUACGAAAAUUAUAUACGCCGCUUGUGGUGCCCUUUUGGUGGGCUAUUUAGCCUAUUUGGGCAUUUUGUGGGCUACAAUUUUAGCCCUAAUUGCCGGUUUUAUAAUAUACAAGGUAAAGUCUGUGUUGGACAUUCCGGAAUUACCUGUAAUAAUUGAAAAUAAGUGGUGGGGAAACGGAGAACCAAGAAAAGAAGACUCCGGGUCGGAAGAAUUUAAAAUUCAUCUGUCAGAUGAGAAUUUAAACUAUCUCAAAACCAGUCUUAAAAACUCAAGGCCCCUAACACCGCCUCUGGAAAACGCGGCCCAAGAAUACGGCAUGAACACAAACCUUCUACGGGAAAUUCUGGAGUUCUGGAACACGGCAUACGACUGGAGGGAACGCGAAACUUUUUUAAAUCAGUUUCCGCAAUAUAAAAUCAACAUACAGGGCCUUAAGAUGCACUACGUCCAUGUUAAACCUGAGAAUAAAAAUAACAAGAAGGUUCUGCCGCUGCUUUUGGUGCAUGGCUGGCCCGGAUCUGUACGGGAGUUCUACGAAAUGGCCCCCAUGCUUACCAGAGACGACCCCGGUAGAAAUUUUGUGUUUGAGUUGGUUAUACCGUCAUUGCCAGGAUAUGGUUUUUCUGACGGAACAUCCAAGAAAGGCCUGGACCAAGUAGAAGCCGCUAUUAUUCUGAAAAAUCUUAUGAAAAGUGUUGGGUUUAACAGGUUUUAUAUACAGGGUGGUGACUGGGGGUCGGUAGUUUGUACAAAUAUGGCCACAUUGUAUCCUGAACAUGUAAUAGGGAUUCAUACUAAUAUGCCUGUUUCUAUGACCUUAAGAGCCACUAUUUUAACGGCGGUUGGCAUGGUAUUUCCUCAAUUGGUCGUAGAAAAUAAACAUAGGCACAAAAUGUAUCCAAUAAAGUAUAAUUAUGAUGAAACUGCUUAUGCUCACUUUCAACAAACGAAACCUGACACUAUUGGAGUUGCAUUAAACGAUAGUCCCAUUGGUUUGGCAGCUUACAUUAUAGAGAAAUUUGUCACUUGGACCAAAUUAGAAAACAAGAAAAAAGUUGAUGGAGGUCUGAAAGAAAAAUGGGACUAUAAAAAGUUAUUGGAUAACGUGAUGAUUUACUGGAUUAACAAUUGCAUAACAACAUCAAUGAGAUUUUACGCCGAGUUUAAAAACAGUAAACAGCAGAAAAUCCUAAAUAAGAUCCCAGUCAAGGUACCAAGCGGCUGCGCAAGAUUCUCAAACGAAAUAUUUUACAUGCCCGAUUUACUUCUCGAAGAUAAAUUCCCGAAUUUAAUUCACUCAUCUGAACUCGAAGGAGGCCAUUUUGCCGCAUUUGAAGUUCCCGAUGUUUUGGCCAAAGAUAUUAUAGAAUUUGUUCAGAAAGCUGAAAAAAAAUAGUGGGAAAUUAUGGGUUAUAGAGAACAUUCUAGAAUUUUUUCUGUAAUGUUCCCGAUUUUCUAGAACGUUCCCGACUUUCUAGAAUGUUUCAUUUAAGUGAACAUUCUAGAAAAUGUAAAAGAACAUUCUAGAACACCUUACCUAUGUAACCAUUUUAGUUUUGAAUUGUAAAAAAACAUUUGUUAUAAAAAAUAACUUUUAUUACUUAAACAAUAAAAAUACUCAAAAACACAAGUUUAAAACAGCUCUUCUUGCACCAUAGGCUCGCCAAAUCUUGCAAUCUUACUCUUAGUACCUUGCAACUCGACUUGUACCUUCUUUCUGAUAUAAAAAAUUGGACAAUCUCUGCUGGUGCACAAAAUCUCUUCGUGUAAAGACCCCUGGCAUCUUUGACACUCGGUAAAAAGUUCGGAAAAUCUGUCCUCCAACAUUCUAUGAUGACACAAUUCUUGCUGGUAGAUUUCGCUUUCCCGCGGCUUACAAUACGCGCAAAUCGCUUCUUGUUCGUAGCCUUUCGCCAAAACCGACUUACAACCAAUACAAGUCUCCUUUUUCUGCGUAAAAGCCGCCAGCGCACCAACUUUCGAGGUUAUCUUUGCUUUGGUUCUCGUAUGAUCGCCACCUAAAGAAAUAAGAGAACAUUACAGAAUUUUUAAGAACAUCCUUGUCGAAAACUCACGCAGCAGUAUAGAUUCCGUGUUGUCACCCAAGACAGGUUCAAAAAUCCUCACCAAAGGCUUGGAGAUUUGGUUGUCGAGAUAAUAGGAAGAAUCAAUAGGUAUGUUGUUUUCCAGCACGAAAAUUG